AUGUUAAUGGAAGAAGAAAUUUCAGUAAAAAAGGAAUCUUAAGUUGAAGAUAAUAUACAGAAAAAAGUGAGAAUUUAAAAUGAUAAUCUUGGGGAUUACAUUCCAUUGUAAUAAUAAUAAUAAGAGAUUUAAAUACAAUAAAUAUCUCAUUUACGAAAAAGAACAAUAAAGCCAUUAACAGAAAGAGAAAGAAAAGCUUUACCUAUCUAUAAUGUUAGUCAUAAAAUACUAGAGGAAAUGUAGAAUAAUUAAGUGAUUGUAAUUACAGGAGGUACAGGUUGUGGUAAAUCAACUUAAGUACCAUAAAUGAUAUUGAGACAUCAUACUAAUACAGAAUUUGAAACUCCAAGAACAGUUAAUAUCUUAUGUACAUAACCAAGAAGAUUAGCAGCUAAAUCAUUAGCCAAAAGAGUGGCAAUAGAAUUAGAUUGUCAAUUAGGCACACUUGUUGGAUAUUAAGUUGGAAUGGAUUCAUAAAUAAGUUCAAAAUAAACUUAGAUUUAAUUUGUAACAACAGGAAUAUUUCUAUAAAAAUUAGUGCAUGAUAGAGAAGGAGUCUUUAGAGAUUAUACUCAUAUUAUUAUGGAUGAAGUUCAUGAAAGAGACAUUGAUAUAGAUUUUUGUCUAAUCAUUAUCAAAAAUCUAUUGAAACAUUUCAAAGAUACUAAAUUGAUUUUAAUGUCUGCAACUAUUUGUAGUGAUAAAUUUGCAAAUUAUUUUUCAAAAAAAUCAAUUAAUUUAGUUGAUGAUUUAUCAUAUAUAUAAAGAGUAGAUAGAAAAUAUAAGUAUGUAGAUAUGACAUAAGAAAAUGAUGUUGAAAUUGCUAUUAAAUUUGAAGGUGAAGAGGAUCAUGAUAUUGCUACAUCAUGGGGUUAAGCUUGGAAAGAUAUGGAAAGAUAGGUUAAAUUAACUUAAGAAUAAAGAGAAUUAGAAUAAAAGUAGAAUGAAUUAAGAGAAAUAGGACAACAUUUCUUGGAUGGAGAUGAUGAUCAAACUGCACCUAUUAUUAAAGUUCCUAUGUCUUAAAAAUAUCCUAUUGAAACUUAUUAUUUGGAAGAAAUACAUUCAUAUUUUAAUGAUGCAGACACUGCAAAAGUAGAACCUCAUUAACCUUUAAGAUUUCAAACAUCAUUAUAUUUUUAAGAUUCUCCAAAAAUUCAAUAAGAUAGUGUCUAAGCCAUGUUAUAAAUACUAGAAUUCUUAGACUCUAAUAAAAUUAAAGAUACUCAAGGUAUGCAAGGAGCUGGUGCUGUCUUGAUUUUCCUUCCUGGAUACUAAGAAAUCAUGGAUAUUAGAGAAGAAAUCUAUUAAAAAUUUGGAGAAGAUAGAUUUAUUAUUAUUAUAUUACAUAGUACUGUCACUAUUCCUAAAGAUUUUGAUGAUAUUCAAAAAAGAAAAAGAAGAUUAAUAUUAAGUACUAAUGUAGCUGAAAGUAGUAUUACUGUUCCUGAUUGUAAAUUUGUUAUUGAUUUUUGCUUAACUAAAGAAAUUAUUUACAAUCCUAAAAAUUUAACUGAAAAAUUAGCACUAUAAUACUGUUCUAAAGCAUCUGCUGAUUAAAGAAAGGGAAGAACUGGACGUUUAUUUCCAGGAACAUGUUUUCGUUUGAUACCUUAAAGUAUUUUUAAGUAAAAAAUGACUUAAUAUUCUGUUUGUGAAAUGUUAAGAUGUCCCUUAGAAAUCAUAAUAUUAAGACUAAAAAAAUUAUAUCAACUAUCUUUGGAUAAUGAAAAUAAAACUGAAAAAUUAGAACUUAAUGCUGUUGUUGAUUUAAAGUAGGUUUUCAAUGAUCCAAGUCGUACUCUAAAAACUGCUAUUGAUCCUCCAAGUACUAAAUAAAUUGAAAAUGCUAUUUAGAAUCUUUAAAUGUUAGGAGCUCUAUCUUACCCAAAUGUUCAAAAUUCCACUAUCCAUAUAACAAGAUUGGGAUAAAUGAUGAGUGAUAUGCCAAUUGAUAUCUUUUUAACUAGAUUCAUUAUGUAUUGUAAUAUAAUUGGAUGUGCUUAUGAAGGUGUCACAAUAGCAGCCAUUUUAAGUUAAAGAAAAAAUUACUUUUUACAUCAUUUUAUGAGAUCAUAAAGGUUAUUCUUCAAUUCUUUAUAUCUCUAUGAUAAAGGUAAUGAAGAUGAUUUACUAAUAUAAUUAAGAGUCUAUUAAGAAUGGGAAAUUAAGUUUUUUAAUAUUCUUAAGUCUACAAUUACUCAACAUGAAUUAAGGAGGGAAUUAAAAAGAUUUACAAAUAAAAAUAUUGUACCUUUAGAAAGAUUAUAUUGUGAAUAGAGAUCAAUAGAUCCUAAGAAUAUGAGAGAAAUAUUAAAUGUGAAAUAUGAAUUAUUUAUGAGAUUAGAUCAAUAAUUUAAAAAUGAACCACUUGAUUUGAAUAAUCCAGAAAAUUAACUUAAAAUUAAGAGUGCUUUUUGUGCUGCUUUUAAAUAAAAUACUUUUAGAUUAUAAAAAGAUGAAAGAUUUGAUAAAAAGAUUAAGUAUUUGAAAGAUUAAGGAUUUGAUUAUAAUCGUACAAUAAUGUUAGAGAGUGAUAAUAUUAAAUUUGAUGGAGUUAAUAUUUAAAAUAAAGAGAUGAUAAAAGAGAAGAUUGCAAUGCUAAUGGAAUAAUUUUGUGAUUUUCAUUAAAUAGAUAGAAGUUAAAAAAGAAAAGAAGAUUAAUUAAAGGAUAUAUUAGCAUAUCAUGAUGAAUAAGCUUAAGGUAGAUAAGGAUUGCCAAGAUUCCAUUUUAGAUCAGAUUUAUAAUUGUUAACAGAAAUAAAAGCAAAAUCAAAAUUUAAUAAAAAUUGGGUUAAAAGUGUUAUACUUUUAAAUAAUACUAUAAUAAUAGAAUUUAAAGAAGUGGAAUUAUAAAAAUUGAAAUAUGUUUUAAAAAGGCUUAUGCAUGAAUGUGAAUUAAUGAAAAGAUAAUAAAGUAGAAAAUAACCAUAAAAGAUAAAUUGGGAAUCAUUUACAAUGAGUAACUAAGUGGAUAUUAUUAAUUUCAUAGAAAUAACUUAAUCUUUGAUAUUUUAUGGAUGUUAUUGUAGAUUGAUUCAUUAACAUAAAGAAAUUAAUUGUGAUCCUGAUAGUAUAAAUUUUAUUUCAUUGGAUUAAAAUAAGAUGUUAGUUGCUUAUGAAGUUUAAGAGAAAGAUUCAAAUAAAAGAAAUUCAACAAGACAAGUUAUUUCAAUAGAUUAGAACAAAUAUUUGUUAUGGUCAUAAAUAUUGGCUAUGCUAUUUGGAGUAUAGGUGAAAUUAUAUCAUAAUAAUACAAAAACUCAUUUUAUAAAAGCUAAAGUUGAUGACAGAGACUAUUAAUUUGAUUAUUUUAUUACAGAAGAUGAUUUAUAAACAAUUAAUUCAAUAAGAUAAUAAAUAAAAUUAUAAAUAUUAGAAUAGAAUUAUACAGAUAGUGGAAUAUGGUAAAAAAUAAGAUAAUUAGAUAAAGUAAGAUAAAAGAUAUUAUAUACUUCAGAUGAAAGAUGGAAAUAAUUAUUUGAUAUUGAAUUAAAAGAUGAAAUUCUAUCAUUUUAAGAAUCAAGUGAAAAUAAAUAAAAAAGAAAGAGAAUUUAACAUUUUGAAUUAGAAGAAUAAAAGGCUGAUAGUUUAGAUUAUAUGAAUCCUAUAUAAAUUAUAAGAACAGAUUAUGAUUCUGAAAUACCUAAAUAAUUUGAUAAUGAAGGUAUUAAAAUAUAUGUUCAAAUACAAUAAUUAUAUUAGACAUGGAAAUAAAAUAUAGUUAAUACUAUAAAGAAAUAGAAUUUCUUUUUAAGAAUGGGUAAUACCACUCAAAUUUGUUGUUUGGAAUGUAAUGAUUAUAUGACUGUUGGUAGAACUAUUGGAUUAUCAUAUAUAUCAGAAGAUCCUGAUAUUAGAAAAUAAUUAGAUAAUGAAUCUUUAGAAUGGGCUAAGAGAAUGGUUAUGAUUUUGGAUGUAAGUUCAUUUGGUGAUUAUUUCAAUAUAUCAAUGAAAGUUGAUUAAAUUAAAGAGUUUCUUUCAGAUUAAAGAAUAUAAAGCAUUUUUGAAAAACUCAAAUUAAUUUUUGAGCCUAUUAAUUAUGUUUUUAUAACCUGUAAUUCUGGUAAACAUAUUAUUGGUUUUUAUCCUAAAAUUAAGUAAUUUAAAGAAAUAGUAUAGAUAGGAGAUAUUUAAAAAUUUUAUAUAAUAGAUUAAAAAUUGAAAUUAGUUUAUACUAGUAUGGAAGAAGAGAAAUUUAUAUUUAGAAAAUUGACUAUUGAUGAGAUUAAAAAGAAAGAAAAUUAGGUAUUUAAAUUAUAUUAAUUUUAAGGCUGUUUAAUAAAGAAAAUUGCAAAAUUUAAAGUUUACAUGCAAAUGUUGUUAUGAAGAGUAAAGAUAUGAUGAAAAAGGAUAUUUUGAAGGUAAUGAAUAAGCUUACAGUUAACAUAUAAAAUUAGAAAGCCACAAGAAAGCUUUUGAGGAAUUAUAGUUUACAAUUAUAUGA